UCCACUGCUUCCCUUUUAUUACCAUUUUUGGUCCUUUAAUAUAUAUAUUUUUUCUCGUGCUUUCCCCAGGACCAAACAAAAACUCCUCCAACAACUCAUGUUCCAGUUCAUCACAUAAAACUUCCAAGAAGAAAUAGGUUGAAAAUUUAGUUAAAUUACUAUCUAGUACGUCAUGGGUCUCUGCUUUGGAACUCCUGCUGCUAAUGAUCCCAGGCCUCUCUUCAUCGCAACACCCACUAGUCCAGGAACGUCAAGUAAUCAUAGCAAGAACACUGUUGGGUUGUCGGGGACGAGCAGCAGCGCGGAGAAGAGCCAGUUUUCGAAGGCGGUGAGUGCGAGUGGGGGCAUGGAGGAGAGUCAGCACCCGAACGGGCAGUUCUUGGACACACCUAACUUGAGGGUGUUCACUUUCUCGGAGUUGAAGGCCGCCACAAAGAAUUUCAAGUCGGACUCGGUGCUCGGCGAGGGCGGCUUCGGGAAAGUCUUCAAGGGCUGGGUGGAUGAGAGGACUCUGAACCCUUCUAAGGCUGGGACUGGCAUGAUGGUUGCUAUUAAGAAGUUGAACUCCGAAAGCGUGCAAGGUUUUCAGGAGUGGCAGUCAGAAGUAAACUUUCUAGGAAGGCUUUCUCAUCCAAACUUGGUAAAGCUAUUAGGAUAUUGUUGGGAGGACAAAGAGUUGCUUCUUGUCUAUGAGUUCAUGCAGAAGGGAAGCUUGGAGAACCAUCUUUUUAGAAGGCAUCCUGCCAUCGAGCCUCUUUCUUGGGACAGAAGGCUCCAAAUAUCCAUAGGAGCAGCUCGAGGAUUGGCUUUCCUGCACACUUCAGAGAAGAAAGUCAUAUACAGAGAUUUCAAGGCCUCAAACAUACUUCUUGAUGGGAGCUACAAUGCCAAGAUUUCAGAUUUUGGGCUAGCAAAACUGGGGCCAUCUGGUGGAGACUCGCAUGUGACGACGAGGAUCAUGGGCACCUAUGGUUAUGCAGCCCCUGAAUACAUUGCGACAGGUCAUUUAUACGUGAAGAGCGACGUGUAUGGUUUUGGUGUUGUGAUGCUCGAAAUGCUAACAGGCUUACGAGCACUUGACACAAAACGCCCUAGCGGGCAGCAAAAUCUUGUUGACUGGGCUAAACCGUGUCUCUCUUCGAAAAGAAAGUUGAGUACCAUUAUGGAUGUGAGGAUGGAGGGUCAAUACUCGCCCAAGGCUGCAUUACAAGCAGCACAACUCGCCUUCAAAUGCCUAGAACAGGAGCCUAAAAAUCGCCCCUCAAUGAAGGAUGUCGUGGACGCGUUGGAACGGAUUGAAGCGAUAAAAGAGAAACCAAAGCAUUACAAGACUAGCUAUAGACAUUCCUCUGUUAAAAAUCCCCAUGCUUAAUAGCCUAUGGUCAGACUCAGACAGAUCACAAAACAAGAAAAUUAUUAAACCUUUCAAGUUGUAAUAUGUAAUUGAAACAAUCAUUGUUUUUUUUUUUUUUUUUUUCUUUUUUGUUGCUGCAAUUGUUUGGAUUCAUCAAAAUUUUUGUUGGGACAGUCCCAAUUUGUUA